UUAUCAUCUCAUUUAAUGCAAUAAUUAUAUAUGGGACAUUUACAUUUGCUUUUGUUCCCUUUUUAACACUACCAUCGCAGCACUGCUGUAGAUCAUAAACCAUAAACAUAAACUUUUUUUUAACUAUACUGAAAAUGUUUGCAGAGACAGGACACAAGCUUGUGUCCACCCCACCUUCUGUAAAGAGGUCUCCCAUUUUCCCUAACAAAGGAGGGGGAACAGGAUUUAUUGGCAGAGCCUUGGUAGAGGCCUUGAAACGAAAAGGACAUGAGGUCACCAUUAUUUCAAGGAGUCAGGCGCCUGGAAAAAUAACUUGGAGUGAGAUUGCAAAAUUGCCUUUGCCAGAAUGUGAGGCUGUAGUAAAUCUUGCUGGAGAGAACAUUCUUAAUCCGCUCAAAAGGUGGAAUGAGGGGUUCUUACAGACACUGAGGGAUAGUCGAAUAGAAACAACUAAAACCUUGGCAAAAAAAAUAUCAGAGGCAUCAAAUCCUCCAAAAGUGUUUGUCUCCUCUUCUGCUGUUGGCUACUAUCCUCCAAGUGAUACUGCAGAAUACACGGAAGAUUCACCUCCAAGCUCUGCAGAUGCGCUGACAACACUCUGUGCUGAUUGGGAGAAAAGUGCUAAGCUUCCCGAUGGCUGUAAGACAAGGCUGGUCACCUUAAGAAUUGGAGUUGUAUUGGGCCGUGGUGGAGGCGUGAUACAGCAGACGAUUUGGCCAUUUUGGUUCGGUCUGGGAGGAGUACUAGGUAGCGGUAAACAAUAUUUCCCUUGGAUCCACGUGGACGACAUGACGGGAAUAAUUUUUCACGCCCUGGAGAACGAUCACGUGACUGGUGUAUUAAACGCAGUAGCACCGCAAGUCGUUACAAACGAGAGUUAUACGAAAGAGUACGCAGGCGCGCUGUGGAGACCUGCCAUUUUGCCAACUCCUUCGUUUGCAGUCAAUUUUAUCUUUGGUCAGGAUCGCGGAAAAAUACUUUUGGAAGGACAGAAAGUUAUUCCUAAACGGACGUUAGAGAUGGGAUACAAGUUCCAAUACCCAGAGCUAAAACAAGCGUUAGCAGAAAUUGUGAAAUAAAAAACUUUUCUGUAGUCUUUUGCGUAGCGGUGGUACGGUGUUGUCACGCAACGCAUUCUUUCGCGUAUUUCGUGAAGGAAUCAAACAGCGGCAUUGAAAAAAACCAGAUUUUUUCGAGGCAUUUAUUUCAUGACUUUGAGGACUUUUGCCGUUAUGGAGAGUCUAGUAUUGUUGGAUUUUUAAGAGUUUUGUGAAAGAGAAAACCGUGUUCAAAUUAUUGCAGUGUUAUUAAAGGCUAACAACCUGUCUCCAUCAUGGUUACUUCGUUAUGAGGAGAAAAAAGGAUCUUGUAGUAUGUUAUGACUGAUGGCUGGGAUACCAUUGACACUAUAUUGUUCUACAUGAAUAACUCAAGAAAGAAAUAAACCUUUAAUACAAGA